AUGGCUUCACAGCAGCAAGACAGAGAAGAGCUUGAUCAGAGGGCUAAGCACGGAGAGACGGUUGUCCCUGGUGGCACUGGAGGCAAGAGUCUUGAAGCUCAAGAACACCUAGCUGAAGGAAGGAGCAGGGGAGGACAGAGAAGGAAGGAGCAGCUAGGGAAAGAAGGGUACCAAGAAUUGGGAAGCAAAGGAGGGCAAACAAGGAAGGAACAAAUAGGGAGUGAAGGGUACCACGAGAUGGGCAAGAAGGGUGGUCUCAGCACCAUGGAACAGUCUGGGGAAGAACGAGCUCGAGAAGAAGGCAUUCACAUCGACGAGUCCAAGUAUAAGACAAGAAGCACCGCAUGA